AAAUAUACAACUUUAAACUUUUUGAAACAAGAUUUUAAAAGAACAAGUCAAAAACAGCAGAAAAUACAUAUAUAAAGCAAUAAAGAGUUCUAAGAUAUCACCAACAGUUUAAAUACCUGGUAAGAAAAUACAUAAAUAAUAGGUAUUUGAAAGGUGUUCGACCUUAUAAUCAUUUAAAUGCAGUAAAACAAUAAAAUGUUUUUACUUAUCAGAUUGGCAAAGAUUUUUUUUUGAAAGCUCGAGAGAAGAUCACUGAACUGAGAAAAUGGGCACCCAUUAAAUCUGAAGGAACAUAAUUUGGUACAACUUUUUUGAGAGGCUGUAUAGAUAUGUUGUAGACCUUAGGAUAAUGCCGGUCAUUUACACUUUUUUUUAUCUGAGUCCUUCCAUUGUCCUCUCAGUUGGUCUAUCUUUAACAAAUAGACUUUGUUUAAUAUGAGACACCUGCACUGAAAGCUAAAAUUAAGGGAUUUACUUUCUUUUAUUUGGUCAGAUAGAAUUUCUUGGCAUUCUAUGUUUACCAAAAACAUGCAGUUGCACCUGUCAAAAUUAGUGUUUGAAUUGUUCAUGGCUUACCAUCUAAGCACCUCUAAAUCCUCUCAUGUUUCAUCAUUGUCAAGAAAUAUUCAGCUCUGAGAAAAGGAAGGAAAGCAAAAGCAGCGAGAAACUCGUAUUUCUCUGUUGUGUUUAGCGUCUCUAAAACGACUAUGCCAUUUUUUGUGUUCUAUUUUUAUCUUAAGAGUUACUGCUAUUGAAUGUAUUUCUUCCCUACUAAACCCCCAUAGAACCACGCUUUGUGGGCUUAGGUGUUUGGUGUCCUCAUUAAAGUGGCCUCUGCUUGUUACAGGGCUGUGGAUUUGCUGUACCAAAGACAGCAAAGAUUGAUCACAGUGUUAAACUUAGACAGAGAAAGGUGAAGGAAGACAUUUUCUAAACUCAAUAAAAGCAUUAUAGAAUACAGUUUUAAACAGCUACUCAUUUUUAUACUAAUAGAAACAAAUGUAUCUUAGCCUAGUGCACCCCAUUGCCACUCCUUAGGAAGUUGUUAAAAUUAAUGCACGUUUUCAAAUGGGGCAAGAGGGCUACAUGAUAAUAAUAACAAAGAUAAAAAUGGCUGGCAUUGAUUGUGUGCUGGCUUUAUGUCAGGCACUGUUGUAAGCCCGUUACGUGCAUACAUGUAUUUAUACCAAUGUUUAGUCUUAACAACAACCCAUGGGGACUAGACCUUAUAAUAAUCCUUAUCUCACAUCCAGCAGCUGAAAAAACUGAGGCACAGUUUCUUACCUGUCUUAACACCACUCAAAUAGUGAUAGAACUAGGAAGUGAAAAAAAUAAACACUUUGACUUAGAAAUUUUCUGUUAAGCUAUGGAUAGAAGAGGCUAUUGAAUUUAAUGAGCAAAUCCUGUUACAACAAAGUGCAAAUGCAUGUAUUUUUCUGCGUAUAAAGAUACCACAUUAUGGAUUUGUUCGCUUGAAUUUACCAAAGAAAAUCCCUUUACAUUUAUCCAACAUUGACAACCGUGUUACCACCCCUCCCUUUUUGUUUCCUUUUAAUUUCAGAGUCAUAAAUUCAUUUUUGCCCGGGAGAUACAUCUCAAAUUUAACUACUUUCAACCAAUGCAGUUUUCCUGAGAAAGUAUGUUUUGCCUUUUUGAUUAUUUUCCCUCAGGCAAAAAGCAACCCUUUCAAUUAGUUCUGAUGCUUUAUAGAAAAUAAAGAACUUUGAAAAAGGGUAGAAGUUUUUUUUGUAUGCACUUGGAAACAAGGUGUGAUCUAAAUUUGGAGAGAUCUUAAUCUUUCUCACUCCAUAAAUAACUUGAACGCUGAUUUUUGUUGAAUUUUCACAAAGAUACUGUACUUAUCCUCUAAAAGAGCUUCUGUUCACUUUCUAAAGUCUUUUUCUCAAUUUAUAUAUAUUUUUUAUUUAAAAGAGAAAACAAUAAAAGUGAUACAGAAUUUCAAAACAAGAUGAUAGGAAAUUAGCAAUGGUUAUUACAUUGCAUAUUAUUAUCUUUAAAGUAGUUGCUCAGAUUAGAUCCAUAGAGCUGCAGAUAAGUAUAUGUUGCCCUUUGUAACAUCUUUUUAAAAAAUGUAUCAGGAUGUGUAUCAGGAUGAAAAAAAGUGUAUCAGGAUGAAAAACUUUUGACACAUAGUAGUUGACAUCUAAAAUAAUUUUUCCAGUCACUUUUUUUAACCUUCAACUGCCUGUUGUAUUACUUAGCCCUGUGUUUUCUACUAAAGGAAGUCCUCACUUACCAUUUUAUAAAACAAAGAUGGUAAACAGCAUCCUCCCAUGAGGUCACAUUCAAAAUGAAGCACUCUGUAUAUGCCGUUAAGACAUUUGUAGGGCUUAAUACUGCAAGACUCAGGUGUUGUGCUGUGUGCCAGGACACCCACAUAAAUACAUGGUGAAACUGCAGCCAUUUCAUGGAAGAUAACUGAAUAAUUUUUCAAAAGAAUUGGGUAAAGGAAUUAAUAUUCUCAAAAUUACUCUCAAUUCCAUAAACAUGCUCCUUAGAGCCUUUUCAGCCUUGGAAGUUUAGGGUAGCAAAAUCAAUUUUCUUCAGAAUAUGUAAAAAAUAUGUAAGAGAUCAGUAGUUCAACAGCAUUUUCUUAUUGUAUCCUGUUUGCCUGCGUCCCAUUCCUUUUGUAUCCCCUUGCAUGAUACCCUGAUGAAUAUAGGUUUUAUGUCUAAAAGAUGACCAUCUCCACAUCAAAAUUACUAUUCACUAGAUUUUACACCAUAAGACUAAAUAGUAUAGAAAGGAAAAGGUGAAAUGAAAAAAAUCUAUGCUGUAUUUCAGAUGACUUUCAGAAAUCAUAGACUCCACCCCUUUUGUAGGUGUGGACACUGUUUUUCUCUCUCCUCUUUGCACAGCAGAUUAAUUAGGGAAGUACCUAGAAGUAUAAAUUUACUAUUUACACAGAAGGAGCUACUACACUGAUAAACAGCUAGAAGAUCUCAGUUUCCAGCCGAACUCAACAACAGGGUUUGGGGUAGGAUCAUUCUUGCAAUCCUGCUGCCUCAGCCUAUUCAAGUUUCUAAUUAAGGGUCGAACCGCAUACCUCUGGAGAAGAUGUUGGUGCUGAACUGUUCUUCCAAAUUACUGGCACUGGAGAAAAUAUUGAAGAAUCACUUUCCUGAAUCACUGAAGGUUUAUGGAGCAGUGAUGAACAUAAAUCGUGGGAAUCCCUUCCAGAAGGAAGUCGUAUUGGAUUCAUGGCCAGACUUCAAAGCUGUCAUCACCCGGCGACAGAGAGAGGCUGAGACAGAUAACCUGGACCAUUACACUAACGCCUAUGCUGUGUUCUACAAGGACGUCAGGGCUUACCAACAGCUGCUGGAAGAACAAGAUGUUAUUAACUGGGACCAAGUUUUUCAAAUACAAGGGCUACAGAGUGAGUUAUAUGAUGUUUCCAAAGCUGUUGCCAGUUCAAAGCAGUUGGAUAUAAAGCUAACUUCCUUCAGGGCUGUGCAUUUUUCUCCUGUUUCAUCUCUGCCAGACACCAGUUUGCUAACGAUGUCUCCCCCACGCUUAACCCACCUGAGUGUUGAUGAUGCUGAUCUACUCAACCGGACUUGGUCACGGGGUGGCAACGAACAGUGUCUCCGGUACAUUGCCAACCUCAUCUCUUGCUUUCCCAGUGUGUGUGUCCGCGAUGAAAAGGGAAACCCAGUAUCCUGGGGUAUCACAGACCAGUUUGCCACCAUGUGCCAUGGCUACACCCUACCUGGUCAUCGCAGGAAAGGUUAUAGCCGGCUAGUGACCCUCACACUGGCCAGGAAGUUGCAAAGCCGGGGGUUCCCCUCUCAGGGGAAUGUCCUGGAUGACAACGAGGCGUCUAUCAGCCUCUUGAAGAGUGUCCACGCUGAGUUCUUGCCUUGUCGUUUUUAUAGGUUGAUUCUUACCCCCAGGGCUUUCUCUCGGCUGGCUCGUCUUUAGCCCAGCAAAACUCUAGGGACUUUCUUACUUUCCCUAAACUUGGCUGUCAAGGAGGGGAUAAUUAAACCUGGAAUCAGGAGGCUCUGAGUUGUUGAAAGGGGCCUGGAGAAGACAUGCAGCAGCAUCCUGAGAAACAUCAACUAAUCCCACUUUCGUUUUCUACCAUACAUAACUGCAGGGGUUGGAGUAUCUGUGGUUGAGAACAGAGGAUGUUUGUCCUCUUUCAGGGUGCACCAUAGAGGAGAAAUUUCUUAAGCCAGCAACUCUUAGCAUAGUGGCAGGAAUGAUUGCACGAGAGUAAGUGAUUUAACACAGGAGUUACUGCUUUACUGCUUAGGCUUCUGCUCUGUAUUUUCACUCCCAUACCAGCUCUCUUGCUGCCAUAGAAUUUGCCUGUCCCUUGCCAUGUGUCACCAACCUCUAGUCCUACCACCUCUGACCUAAGUUCACUGUAGACUGUCCUCAGUUUUCUCCUUGAAUUACUUUCUCCCCUUCUGCUUAAGACACUAGCCUACUCACCCCUGGAAAUGUUCAAAUGCUGCAUGUCCUCGUAUUUUAGUGUUUACCAGAAUCUCUUGGGAGGCAGGUGGCAACACAGUUCCUGCUUCAGCUAAGUACAGGGUAAGGCCUGAGAAUUUGGCUUUCCAACAGGUUUCCACUUAUCUGUUGCUUUAGGUAGAUGAAGAUACAGGCAUCUUAAUGCCUUAAAUAUAUAUAUCCUAUAAAUAGGAUUAAUCCCAUAGCCUAUUCCUGUCCCCUUGUUUAUAAUCUGCUUUUUCAUAAGAAACUAAGAUUCGUAUACAGGAGUAUACACAGGGAUACAAAUGCAAUAUAAACAUACCUACAUGUUUUGUCUGUAUGCAUAUGUGUAUCCCCCUUGAAAUUUGAUAAUGAACUUUAGCCCUCUUAUUACAUGGGAAGAAUUUGGGGUCUAGGUAAAAUAAAUGGCUUUUUCAUGAUUAUAUUUAUAUAAUUGAUGUUGGCGACAAAGCCAGAGAUCUGUGAUUUUGAUUGCAAUUUGUACUUUUCAUUAAAUCAUGCAUCCUCUGUAUAAAGAAAAUUG